GUUGUUUUUAUCCUUAUGGUGGGUAUUUUCCCGACCCGAACCAACCCGAAAACUUGGUGCACCGACCCAAAAUCGAAAAACCCGAACCAACCCAAACCCCUUUCACCCCUAGCGGCCGGAGCCGCAGAGGGAAAGCAUCAGUCGCCGGAGGAGGUUGAGGGGAAGCAAGAGCUCGUACUCGUAGAGAUGGAGCCCAGACGACGACUGAAGGGCCACAAAGCCACCACCACAUGCUGCAUCGCCUCCCGCGACCGCCCCGGCCUCGUCGUCACCGCCGGCGAAGACGGCUGCGUUUGUUGGUUUGACCUGCGAUGCAAAGACGCGCAGCUCGUCAUGGAGGUCGGGACGGACCCGGUGUCAUCUUUGUGCUUCAAGCCCGGGAACGAGGAUAUUCUGUAUGUUUCGUCGGGAAAGGACGUCAAGUGCUUCGAUGUGCAUCUGGGGACGUCGUGGAAGGCCUUGGAGACCUACACUUACAACAAAGAAGAAAUUAAUCAGAUAGUGUGCAGCACAAAAUCUUCUUUUCUUGCUGCAGCUGAUGAUGGUGGUGAUAUUAAGAUCAUUGAUAUAAACCAAAAGUGUCUUUACAAAACACUAAGAUCUGGACAUUCGAGUAUUUGUAGCACCGUGCAGUUUCUUCCAUGGAAACCCUGGGAAGCCAUUACUGGGGGUCUAGAUUCGAAGCUCGUGAUGUGGGACUUCUCCAAGGGUCGACCAUUGAAAACUGUUGAUUUCGGUUCUCCCGACCCUAAAAGCAGCACCAACACAUCCCAAUGUUUCAAUCCUGCUUUCAUUCAUUCAAUAGCAGUCCCAGAAAUUGACAUAGUGGAAAAAUCAGGCAAAAUAUGCGCCGUGGCACGGGGUGAUGGAGUAGUUGACAUGAUUAACAUCGAAUCAGAACUUUCCUCUCUUCGGUCAAAAACUUCUACUAAGCCUCGGAAAGGACCUCAGUCAACAUCAAAGGAUGCUGCUUCAAGUGAAACUGCAGACAGCAAUAACCAAACGUUGCACUUGGACUACUCUCUCGGCGGUCAUACAGCUGCUGUCUCUUGUGUGGCAUUUUCGGCAUUUGGUGAGAGAGGGAAGUUCAUAAUCUCUGGCGGGAAUGAUAAGUCCGUUAAGUUUUGGGAUUGGUUUAAGUACCUCGAUCAAGGUCGAAUCAGCAAUGACUGUGAUCUUCUUCAUUUAAACAUCGAUUUGACCAAGAAGGUUAAUUGGCUAUGUACUACUCCUGCCGCAUCAGAAAACCUCAUCAUAUGCGACACAACUAAAGUUGUGAAAGUAUAUUCUGUUUCCUAGAUAAAAGAAUAGCAGCUUCUACUCUGGUAUUAGAAUUAAGAUGCCACGCAGGUCUCUCGACAUCACAGCUUAACUAGUGUGCCUACACUUGUGAUUGGUAGUUUGAUAGUUGUCGGAAAUGUUGUUAUCGAAUUUUCAGUUUACUUGAAAAAAAUUACUGUGACAUCGAAAUUUUUCAAUGAAUCAUAUCACUGUAUCACCCGUCAGUUGUACAAAAACUGAAUCUAAAGCUUGUUUGAGGAUGGACUAUGGGUUUCUGGGGUUUUUCCACCUCUUUUGAAA